AUGGCGCGAUUUUUGUUUGACAACUACCCAUCGGAGGAGGAUCGUCCUCCAACCAUGCGACCCGUCAUGAAUCCACCACCAGCGCUGGAAUGGGCGAAUUCCAAUAGCAGCAGCAUCUCGUCCGUGUCGGUCCGCACAAUGAUCUCGACGGCUCUCUCGCAACAACCGGCGCCGCAGUAUCCCCUCGAAGAGAUAAUGCCAAGUCUUCCUGGCCAUCGUCGUGAUCUCCAUCAGUAUCAUCAUUCGCUCAGUGAUUUGGAUGAUCUUGUGGUGGUUGGUAGGGCAUUAGCAUCGAAUGAUGACUCGGCUCCGGCCAUUCUUGGCAGUAGUCACGAGGAGGAGUACCUCCUCGAUCGGAACAACAACAGCUGCUACCAACGGCAACCAAGUCUGAUGCAUCAGCCCAGUGGCGACGCUUCCUCUCUUGACGAGGUGGCAUCCAAGUGUUCUGCUUACUACCAUGGCGUCGUCAACAACGAGGCUAGCGGAAGCUAUAGCAGCAGCAAUCGGAACACCAGUAGUUAUCGCGUGGACAAGAAGACCAAGUUUGAGGAAGAAAAGCUACCAGAAGACGAGAUCUACGCCUAUCAUCAUCAUGACUGUCACUCCUCCUACAACAACAACACUUCCGUACUGGAACACAACAAGGAACAUCAUCAUUCCUACGACAAGCUGCACUCCCCUUCCACAACGGGAUUGUCUCUCUACGGCGCGCUCAAGCAACAAGGAGAGUUCCAACCGCGUCGCAAGUCAGAUGGUGUCGCUCCGCAUGUAUCCUCGUCAUUCCACCACCAAUCCAAUCAAGCGCGUGAUGGCCGUCGCCGCAAGUCGGACUCUACUGCCAUCAUGACCACCACCAAAAAGUACAACUCUCCGCGGAAGCGCGCGACGACGGUUCCGGUUCUCGCCAAGUGCCGCAAGAACAAAAGUGAUCUCCUAUCCGAGAACGACGAUUCAGACAAUUUCAUGACGCCAUCUUCUUUACUAGGAGUCUCACGGCAACGAGGAACAGCGGAACACCCUUCCUUAUCCAAGCACGAUGAUUCCCAGCGUCUUCCGCCGUGCCGACCAGAAGGCAAAAAGACCAUGUCCCUCUCCAUGACCAACCAUGACCGAGACUACGAAAAGAUGAAGCUGCGUUGCAUUCCACAGCCCCGUCGGUCACGGCGUGUUGCACCACAGCUUACCACCAUCCCGUCCAUGUCGGGAUGCUCGGGGCAUUCCAGUGCGGGGACGAUCGGUGGGGAUAAGAAACUAAACAAAGGGCAGCAUCGUCAACAGCAAGGGGAUACCACAAGUACCGACGAUACUACCAUGACACUGACAGAAGAUGACGACGAUGACGGCAGCUUGGAUAGCAUUCAACAAAAGUUUAUGAAUGACAUUAGUAGUCUCACAAACGACGACUCGCCAGGAAGACGUUCCUCCUCCGACGAGAACCAAGCUUUCAUGCGCAGCUUGCAAGACUUUGAAGAAUUUGAGAAACACUACACGUCCAGUAGUGAAGAGUUCCUCUGCAACUUUUUGAAGAAAGGCCGCAGCUCAUCAUCCUUAUCAUCACAAGAGGAGGAGGAGCCACGGAUUGAUUUUGAGUUGUUGGAUAAUGGUAGUCCCGCGGAAGCAUGUCCGGCAAAACAGCAGGCCAUUCUCGAUGACAUUCAGGCUCGACGACUUCACGCGUCCAUGCCGGCCUUUUCGACAAGUUCGUUCGAUCAUUGUUUGCUGCCUCGAGGCAGCACUCAUUCUCUUCGCGAACAGCAACAAGACAUGCUAGUAGAGCCAGCGGUGGUAUCUCGACCAGAUCGACGACGACGCAAUGCCAUACUGGAUAUAGAACAUCACGAUCGCGACGCCACUGGUGCGUCCCACGACUAUCCCGUCCAGGAUUAUCAUCCGUCCAUGUACGACAGCAACCGCGAAAGCCACCACUCCGAGGGCUGUGCUUUGCAGGAUUACGUGACUCUGGUAGAACACGACGACCACCAUGAGCGGCGGCCUUCCUGGUCGUCUCCCUCGCACAAGCUUGUGCGGGAAGCCUCCAUGGGUCGUGUCUUGGCUCCCGAGAUGACAAUCAUGGAGAUGCCUCCUACAAGUCGGAACACUAAUAGUACUCACGGGCUGUCCUCGGUUCACGACGAUCGAAUGACAACAUUGCCAGAGAGCGGAGAAACGAUCUUGAUCAAGGGGGUCCGACAUGUCUUUCGCGCUCUGAUUCAAGAGCAGCCGACUCGUCUCAUCACGUGCCCCUGUUGCGCGGAUAUUUUGCAAGUGGAAGCCUCCGCUGAGCUGGUCUAUUGUCCCGACUGCGAAGGACUGUCCCCGUUGGAAGGGACCCGUUCUUCUACCGCCAAAGACGUCGCAAAUGCCAUUGGAACGGACGAUUUAGAGAAAGCACGAAGCUUCCUUGCGGAGUGCAUGGCCGCUCAAGCGGAGUAUGUCCACGAUGCCAUGCAGCGAGCCCAACAGCACCGUGGCGACCGCUGGUGA